CUCAAACAAAAAGGAGCAAAAGGAUUUUACUUUAUAGUACUCGUAAAUGGCAUAAUAAUGGAAUUCAAACUUGAUGAAGGAUCAACUAACACGUCAAUGGGAAUAAACCAUGCAAAGAAAUUAGGACUAGAAAAAAUCAUAUCAAAACCGGCAAUAGCAGAAGCAGUAGGAAGUGAAGUCAAAAUAAUAGGCAAAAUAGUAGUCGACAUCAAAAUCAAUGAAUAUUUAACAUGUAAUCUAAAGAUAGAUGUUCUAAACACAGAAUCCAAAUACAUCCUCCUUAGUAACAAACAUCAAUCACAGAUAGGAAUAUUAAAAGAUCAAAAGAACCAUACUAUUCUCAUUAAUAGUGAACCUAUACAUAAUCAAAGAGUUCUCAUACACCAACACUACCGAUUGAAGCAACCCAAAAACGGUUACGGCAAUGCUCGGAGGCUACUGCCAAACCUAUCCGAAGUAUACUCUGAGGAUAAACCUAGCAGCAAGUUUCGAGUAUCCACGUUUCACCGACGACCUUUCCUUUCCCCUAAGGCUAGUAGAAAGUUUCGAAAACCCACGGACGAAAGAAAAGGAAGUGAAGUAAAACAAGGCGCCCAACGUUACAAAAAUAAUCGAACUUACUCACCUAACGAAAUUAGCAAACAUAUUAAAGAAGAACUCAAUAUAGUUGAGGCGCCAUUGUCCUUACAUUCACAAAGUGAAGUAAAACAAGGCGCCCAACCAAAUAAAAAGAUAACAAAUGAACCUAAGAAACCUAAUAUAAAUGAGAAUAUAAAAUCAAGAAAAGUAAAUGAAGAUAAACAAAGAAGUAAGAUAAAUAAACGCCUAAAUCCAAUCUCGAAAGAAAAGAGAACAAGGUACAGGCACAAUAUCACAACUCUAAAAGUGCCUAAUCAACAAAACAUUCCUAAAGAACCUAAAGAACUAAGCGAGAUAACUCGCAAAGAGCAUGAAAAGAGAAUCAAAUAUGACCUAUUUACAAUAUCACAUAUUGAUUCAAAUGCACUCCAACUGUUUUAUAAACAGUGUGAAAGGAACCAAAGGCGCAAAAAAUUAAUUGGAAUAACCUGUGAUGGACUAUGGAAAGACAUAGUCGAAGCUGUCAUCCAAACCGGAAGCAAUAUUAUACAAACCUUUGUGCAGUAUAUACCUGCAAAAGGAGAUUUUAAAGACAAAUUUGAACAAAAUCAAAUAACAUUGAUAAGAGGCAUACCAGAUAUCGAUAAUGAUAUCAAAAUUAUUGAAGGCAACAAGCAGUCUCAAUUGAAGCUAGUUAUACAUGCAACAAUGGGACUCGACUUAUCGGGUAAUACAUAUAAUAAGCAAGGUAACUUAAACUGGAGAAUAACCAGAAUAAUAGAAGAAGUGCAAAGAGCACAUAGAAUAGGAGCCAGGAACUACGUACUUCAUAUUGGAACGGCUCAGAAUAAUAACAAAAGUGACGUAAUACAGAACCUGCAGGAAAUAUUAAAACAAACAAAAGACACUGACGUCACAAUAUUAUUAGAAAACUCAGCAGCAAACAAAUGCUAUGGUGCUACAAUAGAAGAACUAAUAGAAAUUAGAUCCAAGGUUCACAAAGAAAAUCGGUAUCACAAAAACCUUGCAAAUGGAAAAACGAUAGAUAGAGUCAAGUUGUGUUUUGAUACACAACAUUAUUUUGUAGCAGGAGCAGGAAGAACAACAGAAGACUAUAAAAAAGUCUUAGAUAAGUAUGGAAAAGAUAUCCAACUCUGCCACAUAAAUAAUGUGGUUCGCGCUAGAAAAAUUAAAGACAAAAACGGCCGUACAUACGAAAUUAAAGAAACAAUCUUUGGAAGUGGACAUGAUAUCCACGAACACCUGCUAACGGGAUUAUUACCCCAAGAAAUAUUUAAAACCAUGGUACAACAAUGUAAAGGAGCUGCAAUACUAGAAACACCCAGAAAGAAAGACUGGGAUAAACAAGAACAAAUAAAGGAAGUACAAACGCUGAGAUAUUACGCUAUGGACAUACUAUCAUCAGAUAGAGAACUAGAAAAAGAACUGUCAGACAGGAUAAAGAAAUUAAACGAAUGGGACCCAAGAAAAGGCAUACAAUAUAGUGACCUACCAAUGGAAGUUAUAAAUAACUACCAAGAAAAUCCAAUAGAUCCAAUGGAUUAUCUAAUGAAUUCAAUGAAAAACCUAAGCUUAGAAAGAAAAGAAAGAUAUCAAAAUCAACAAGAAGAUGAAGCAAAAAAGAACAUUCAUAAUGAUAAAAUAGGACAAAUAACUCAUAAAAUUAAUGAAGUCAGAAACAAAUAUUCACCACAAAUCAAACCAUCCAAAAAGAAAAAUAAAUCACCAACAUCACCAUCAUUCUCAAAUAUAUGGAAUAAAACGAAUAAUGAUUUAGAAGAAAUCAAAAGAAUACAAGAAGAGAAUGAUUCAAAAGAACUUGUAACAGACCUAGAAAGACUGAUGGAAGAUAUAGCAGACAUAGAAACAAAAUAUCUAAAAUUAACAAGAAUGGAUGGAAAAGAUGUACAUAAGAAUUGGAAAAUGAUACAAGAAAUACCUACAUUACCAGAAGAAGUAAGGAACUACCCUGGAACUGAACGAGAAAAACUUUGGAAUGCAAUCCAAUGGACUGAUAGACAGAAUGAAAUAACACAAGAAUCUGUCAAAAGAGAAAUAAGAAGAAAAGAGAUAGAAUACCAAAAAGAUGUAGAAAAACAAUUAAAUAUAACAUUAGAAAAAUACAAAAGGAUGCAAGAAUUUGAAAAACAGGCUAUACAACACCAGUUACUCCAUACAUCAGUAACAAACCCAGAUGCAGAUAUUAGAAACCAAGCAGAAAUAAAAUAUAAUGAAUUUAUGAGAGAAAGCCUGAAAAGCCCAAAAACAACACAGAAAACACCUAUAAAGAUAGAAACAAAUGAAGACUUUUUCAAAGUACUAAGAAAAGAGGAUGAAGAAUUAAAAGAAAUAACUAAAGAAAGAAAACAAAAAGAAGAGGAAAUAAAGAAAACAGUAGACUCAGAUUCAGACAACGAAAGUGACCUAGAGGAUAAAAAUAUCCAAAGAGAACAUGAUAAAUUUAUGAAAAACCUUAGUAAAAGUGAAGGAAAACAGACAGGCCUAGGACCAGAUUAUCAAAGAUUUAAAGAAGCAAAUCUCGGACCAAAUAUUAAUAAACCGGAUAAAAAGGACUCAUUAAAACCCUUAAUGAUAAAUGAUGAAGUGACAAGACACUCACAUUCAAAGAAAUCAAGUAUUAGUAGUAUGGCCAGUACUAGUAGUAUACCCAGCAUACACCUAAAUAAUCAACCAGCCAUAGUACCUACUGACUAUGAAGAAACAUAUGAAAUAGACAACAGUGGAAACCUUCACAAGCAAGGAGAUAUAGAAAUAGAAGAGGAUGAUAAUAACAUACACAAUAAUAACCAACAAGAUCAAGGAAGUGAACAAGAAAUUCAAGAAACCGGCAAUAUAUUUUCAAAAGGAUAUAAUUAUGUUUUCGGAAAAAGAAAGAAAAGUGAUAAUAACCUAAAAGAAAACGUAAUAAAGAAACAAGCAAUGGAAACCAUAGAAAGCGAACAAAACAACUCAGACUUCGUUAGAAGAAGAAAAAUAUCCACUGAAAGGAGAACAAAUAAAAACAGAAAUAAGGAAACCUGGCAACAAGCUAAAGAAAGAGAUGAUCAAAAACUUAGAGAAGAAUAUGAACAAAUGCAAGUACAAAAAGAACAAAAACGACAAGAAGAAUUAAAUAAAAUAAAUGAACAAUAUAAAGAACAACCAUAUAAUCAAGAAGGACUAGAAAUUGGAAUAGAUGAAGGCUCACAAUCACCAUUUAUGAGACCUACAUCAGGAAGACCAAGUACACCGGCAAUACCAAAAGAUGAUUACCAAAACACUUUUGGAUAUUAUAGUAGCAAUGACAGUUUUAGUCAUCACAAUGAUAAUAAUGAACUAUUUAAUAUAGAAAUUAAAGAAGUUAAAAAUGAACCAAUAAAAAUGAAGAAAAGAACUAAAAUAAACAUACACGAAGAAUUAGGACACAUACCCAAUGAGGUUAGAAGAUAUAUAAUACCAACAUUAGGAACAGGAACACCAUUAAAAACAAAAAAGGAAUGUAUAUUAAAACCAUACACUUGGACACCAAUAAAAACAAACAAAAAAGGAAACUAUUUAGUAACGACACCAAUACAUAUUGCCAAAGAAGGAAUAUGUAUACAACCUGGAAUAGUUAAUGAUCGCCAGAUAUGGGCAAUCAACUAUACAAAUAAAGCAAAGAAAAUACAUGAAAAACAACACAUUGGAAAUAUAAAAAUUGUAAAAGAAAUAUUCAAUUUCCAUAAAUAUGAAAUGGAAAUCGACAAAAAAGAAAUUCCAGAAGAAGAAAGACUAAAAAUCUUAAUAAAUAACACUCAUGAAAAUUAUAAACAUGUAAUGAAACCAAUAUUUGAAAAGUACAUCCAAAUAUUCAGAAGAAAAAUAGAAAAAGGAACAUCCUUUAACAAGGAAAUGUUCGAAGAAAUAACAUUAGAUCUUACAACACCUGAAAAAGAUAUACCUUUUAAAGUAAAAGCUAACAAAAUCAGACAAUACUCUGAAGACCAGAUAGAACAAGCAGACAAAUUAUACAAAGAACUUAGAGAAAGCGGACAUAUUGAACCAUCCAAAUCAACCUGGAUGUCACCCUUAGUAAUAGUACCAAAACCUGACGGAAGCUAUAGAGCCGCAGUAGAUUACUCAAACCUAAACAAAUACCUAAAGGACGAUCCCUAUGAAAUACCUAAUAUCAAUGUCUUGCUACAAAAGCUCGCAAGCCAUAAAAUUUUUUCAACCUGUGAUUUUAAAAGUGCUUUUUAUCAGUUUCCUCUUAGAAAAACUGAUCAACAUAAAACUGCAGUGUUUUUUCCUGGCAAAGGAAAAUACGAGUUUAAUAAAUGCCCUAUGGGAAUUAAAACGGCACCUGCAUAUAUGAUGCGAUAUAUGUAUGAAUUGUUUAGAGACUAUCCAUUUGUAUAUGUGUAUAUGGAUGAUUUAACAAUUGCAUCAGACACUAUUAAAGACCAUAUCAAACAUAUUCAAACGGUGUUUGAACGCAUAAAAAAGGGGGCAAUGACACUCAAAGCAGAAAAGUGUGAAUUUAUUAAAGAAGAAAUAAUGAUCUUAAAUCACAAAGUUUCAUAUGGGAAAAUAUCACCGAAUCAAGUUAAAAUUAAAGAAGUCAAGAAGCUUAAACCACCUACAGAUGUUCCUGGAAUUAGAAAAUUUACAGGAUUCAUGAACUACUUUAGAAGAUUUAUUAAGAACUUUGCUAUAAUAGCUGCACCAAUAUACGAUCUAUUAAAAAAGAAUAAGAAGUUUAUUUGGACUGAUGAAUGUCAAAAAGCAUUCGAAGAACUCAAAGACAAAGUAUAUAAUGCAAUAGCCUUAACCUAUCCAAAGAAAGGACAUCAAUUAAUCUUAGAAACAGACGCCUCAGAUAAUGGAAUAGGCGCGGUACUGAAACAAAUUAAUCCUGAAUUGGCACAUUACAAAACCAAAGAAGCGCGUGAAAACGGAACUAAAGAAGACAAAGAAAUUACCAAAUCAGAAGAAGAAGUAAUAGAAUUUGGAUCACACUCCCUUACACAAAGUCAAAGAUUAUGGGGAUCCACACAAAAAGAACUCUACGCGAUAUACUUCUAUUUAAAGAAUUGGAGACAUUACAUUGGGAAUAAACCAAUCAUUAUACGAACAGAUAAUACAGGAAUUGCUAAAGCAGGAAAAAUGCCAAGAAAUCAAACUAUGGAAUCUUGGAAGUUAGAAAUAGAUGGAAAUUACAACAUCAAGGAAAUACAAUAUAUCAAAGGAUCAACGAAUAAUGUAUCAGAUUGGCUUAGCAGACAUAUGGGACCAAUCGAGAACCAAGAAAUAAUUAAACCAAAAGCAGAAAUCAUUAAAGAAAUGAAACCUAUAAAAGAACCACCAUCUGGAUUCAAAAUCAACAAAACAUUUAAUAAUAAACAA